AUGAAUCGAGCGAAAGAAUGCCCAAAAUCUAGUGAUAAAUCACCAGAAUCUAGUGAUAUAUCGCCAGAAUCUAGUGAUAUAUCACCAGAAUCUAGUGAUAUAUCACCAGAAUCUAGUGAUAUAUCACCAGAAAUUAGUAACAAAUCACCAGAAUCUAGUGAUAUAUCACCAGAAUCUAGUAAUAAAUCACCAGAAUUUAGUAAUGAAUCAUCAGAAUCUAGUGAUAAAUCACCAGAAUCUAGUGAUAUAUCACCAGAAUCUAGUGAUAUAUCACCAGAAUCUAGUGAUAUAUCACCAGAAUCUAGUGAUAUAUCACCAGAAUCUAGUGAUAUAUCACCAGAAUCUAGUAAUAUAUCACCAGAAUCUAGUAAUAAAUCACCAGAAUCUAGUAAUAUAUUACCAGAAUCUAGUGAUAAAUCACCAGAAUCUAGUAAUAAAUCACCAGAAUCUAGUGAUAUAUCACCAGAAUCUAGUAAUAUAUCACCAGAAUCUAGUAAUAAAUCACCAGAAUUUAGUAAUAUAUCACCAGAAUCUAGUGAUAUAUCACCAGAAUUUAAAUCUAGUGAUAAAUCACCAGAAUCUAGUAAUAAAUCACCAGAAUCUAGUGAUAUAUCACCAGAAUCUAGUAAUAUAUCACCAGAAUCUAGUAAUAAAUCACCAGAAUUUAGUAAUUUAUCACCAGAAUCUAGUGAUAUAUCACCAGAAUCUAGUAAUAAAUCACCAGAAUCUAGUGAUAUAUCACCAGAAUCUAGGGAUAAAUCACCAGAAUCUAGUAAUAUAUCACCAGAAUCUAGGGAUAAAUCACCAGAAUUUAGUAAUUUAUCACCAGAAUCUAGUGAUAUAUCACCAGAAUCUAAAUCUAGUAAUAAAUCACCAGAAUUUAGUAAUAUAUCACCAGGAUCUAGUGAUAUAUCACCAGAAUCUAGUGAUAUAUCACCAGAAUCUAGUGAUAUAUCACCAGAAUCUAGUAAUAUAUCACCAGAAUCUAGUAAUAAAUCACCAGAAUCUAGUAAUAUAUUACCAGAAUCUAGUGAUAAAUCACCAGAAUCUAGUAAUAAAUCACCAGAAUCUAGUGAUAUAUCACCAGAAUCUAGUAAUAUAUCACCAGAAUCUAAAUCUAGUGAUAAAUCACCAGAAUCUAGUGAUAUAUCACCAGAAUGUAGUGAUAUAUCACCAGAAUCUAGUGAUAUAUCACCAGAAUCUAGUAAUAUAUCACCAGAAUCUAGUAAUAAAUCACCAGAAUUUAGUAAUUUAUCACCAGACUCUAGUGAUAUAUCACCAGAAUCUAGUAAUAAAUCACCAGAAUCUAGUGAUAUAUCACCAGAAUCUAGGGAUAAAUCACCAGAAUCUAGUAAUAUAUUACCAGAAUCUAGUGAUAAAUCACCAGAAUCUAGUGAUAAAUCACCAGAAUCUAGGGAUAAAUCACCAGAAUCUAGUGAUAAAUCACCAGAAUCUAGGGAUAAAUCACCAGAAUCUAGUAAUAUAUUACCAGAAUCUAGUGAUAAAUCACCAGAAUCUAGUGAUAAAUCACCAGAAUCUAGUGAUAAAUCACCAGAAUCUAGUGAUAAAUCACCAGAAUCUAGUGAUAAAUCACCAGAAUCUAGUGAUAAAUCACCAGAAUCUAGUGAUAAAUUACCAGAAUCUAGUGAUCACCAGAAUCUAGUGAUAAAUCACCAGAAUCUAGUGAUAAAUCACCAGAAUCUAGUGAUAAAUUACCAGAACCUAGUGAUAUAUCACCAGAAUCUAGUGAUAAAUCACCAGAAUCUAGUGAUAAAUUACCAGAAUCUAGUGAUAAAUCACCAGAAUCUAGUGAUAAAUCACCAGAAUCUAGUGAUCACCAGAAUCUAG